AUGGCUCCAAGAGGGGAUUCUUGGAGGCACAAUGAAGAAGUUAAUCUUUGCCAAGCUUGGAUCACCGUUGGGGGUGAUGCUUGCGUCAGAAAAGAUCAAAAGUCGGACUUAUUGUGGAGUCGUGUGGCGGAGGAGUACAAUGCUCACAAACCGGCCGGUUGCAUGGAUAGAACACAUUCUAGUUGCCACGCUCGUUGGAAGAAAAUAAGUCCGGCAUGUAUGAAGUGGCGCCAAGCUCUUAACAAGGUCGAACACUUUCAACGAAGAAGCGGUGAAAAUAUGGAGGACGAGCUCAUGAAUGUUAAAUCAACGUACUACUACUCGGAAGGUUGCGAUUUUGUGUUUGAGCAUUGUUGGCAAUACUUGAAAAAUAUGGAAAAGUUUGGGAAAACGCCAUCAAUGGAAAACACCCACUUUAGUGUUCCUAAUCUUGUCAACUUGGAUGAUGAUGGAACACCCACUACUGAGGAUGAGCUUCCCUCAAGGACAGAAAGCUUAGAAGCUAGCUAA